AAUGACGCCAUUACUUUUAUUUUUAUUCAAGCAAGUAAUAUCUGGGCCAGGAUUCUGACUCCAACAUUUUCAUGGUAUAUUGAGUGUGGACAAACUGAAACAUGGUAAAACCAUCUGUAUACUCGGCAGAACACGUGAAAAAAGAUGACGACUUGAAAAAGGAAAAGGACACCGAACUACCGCCUCAAGUGAAGGUGGUUCCAGAUGAUGCAGUCAUACAGCCUGCAACAGCGCCCCCGCGCCGAAAAGGUUGUUGCACUCCUCUCAGAUGCUGUUUAUUCAUUGGAUUACUGGUUUUUGCCCUUGUCGGUCUCUCAGUCGGUGUGUACAUUCUUGUAAAUCACUAUGAUGGGAAUCGUUUUACUUGUGGUGUAACCUACGAUAAGCCUGGACGCUUUCAUGAUGAUUACAGUAGUAAAGAAGAUGAAGACGGUCAUUUGGAUGCUGAUAUUAUUAUUGAUCCCCAACGUGAGUACGAGCAAAUUGAACAACCCGAAAACGACGAGUGUGAGCGUAUCACCAUUAUGCACGACUACACAGUGCAAUUGUCCGCAUACAGAUUAUGGUCUAGUAACAAGUGCUAUGUAAAGAUCCUGAACCAGACAACCAGCCUGAACCCACAGGAAUUCUGGGAGAAACUGAGGGAUCCAAACUUCUUUAAUCAACAUUUUCAAACAUUGGUGGAGACUUACCUUGUGGUUUUACCACGAUUGGAGCACUUUGGUGGUCUUGGUCUCUACAUCCCACUUCUCUGUCAGGACGUUGAUACUUAUUGGCUGGAAAAGGUCUCUACAGUUCAGAUGGAUGAGUUUAUGAACGAAGCUCUUAGAUUGUUGGCGGAAGUGAUGGGUGACAUGAUGGGUGGUACUGAGAACAUUGACCAACAACCUGCUCAACGUAAGCGCCGUGAAACCACUAAGAUGCUUGAUGAUGUCAUCACCUGGGCUGGGAAGAGUGUACUUGAUAUGCAAAUUUUGAAACCGGAAAUCGCUGAAGUCUUAAAGAAAUCUGGGAAGUUACCAGAUGGGCAGCCAUCAAUUGGGAAGGCUGGAAAGAUUGCGCGAAAAAUCGCCAAAAGUAUGCCAAAACAUGCCAUGCGUAUGAAAGCAAGAAAUAUCUAAGUGUUCAUUACGAAAUUAGCAACAUUCAUUGCUAUAGCAAUAACCUUGAGAUGCACUUCCUAGCCUUCAAGCCAAAUAUUGUUGUGAUGUUGUAAUUUAAAAAAUUCAAAUGAAAACAGUUUUUCAAUUAUUAGAUCACUGAUUGAGCAAUUUUGCAACAAAUUUGGCCGGAGACUUUUUGGAUGUAGUGGCAUGUUCACAUAUUUACCCAGUCAUAUACUUGUAUAUAUAUAUACGGAAUAAGAAAUGAGAGAUUUUCACUUUUAUAAAUAUGCAAUUUACAUUUUAUUUUGUGACCUUUUAGUGACAUGUACAGUGAAAGGCAUAAAGCUGGGGACGUUAUAAACAUUUUAUAAAUAUAAAUUUAUAUAAACCAAAAUGACAAUGUGGAGCUCUCCAACCAAUCAUUAUUAAAUAUUUGAAUAAAAGCUGAUAACCAGUAUUUACAAAUUAUUGAUAUGUUUCUAAAAUAAGGUACAGCCCUUUGCCUUUCACUGUAAUUAUACCAUUCCACAAUUGGUCUAAUUUACUGCUCUGGUUAAUUGACAUUUAAUAUGGUUUUAUCAAUUUACUGAUAUUUGGAGAUUGUUUCGAGUUCUGCUAGAGUUGAUGUGAUACAAUAUUCCGAUGCACAAUCUUCAUCCUAAAUAUAAACCAACUUAUUGUUGUCAAUUCGGUGGGGUAAGAACAACAAUCGUAGCCUCAAACCAAAAUGUGACCCAGCUAGUCUGACUUGCUUGUUGCUAUGGAAAUGUUUUAUUUCACCUGAUGGUCUGUAUACUACAAUUCACCCAAAUCUAUAACCUAGAUUUGUUGAUGUGGAAUCGUUCUAAACUUUUGUAUUUGCAUCUCAGGUGUAUUUACUCAAUUCCACUAUAGUCACCAUCAAAACACUAUUAUUUGAUUUGUGUGUAUAAUUUCUAUUUACACACUGUUAUUAAUCUCAUAAUUACUUGUGUAUAAUACUUAAGAUAUUUCAUACAGGUAAUUUACAGGGCUAUGGGUCUUGUUUGUAAAAUUACUAUCAUCGCUAUUGCAGCUCUGUUUAAUAUAUCUGCUCUAUUAGAAACACAUCUCCAAUAGAAGUGCACAUAAACCAAAAUUUGGAUUCAUUGUACAUGGAAUCAGUAAAAAUGUGAUUUAUUUUGACUAUAGGCUCACCUUAUUUACCUAAACGUGUGUGCUGCUGUAAAAUCUUUAUUAGAAGCGACAUCUCUAAUAGAAGUCACACCCAUUUUUUUGGCAACAAUUGAGAACAAAAUAAUCAUAAUUUCUCAUUUGUGUAGAUGUUCUAAUAAAAACCGCAUCCCCUCUGUUGCUUUGUAUCAUUUUAGUAGAAACUGCGGCUUCUAAUACAGAUUUUACACAACUAAGGGACGACGUCAAAAGAUUGAUGUCGGAUAAAAAACUUAUUUCCUUUAGUUUGGGGGUGGGGGGUUUUGACCUCAAAAAGUUUCCAUCCGACAAGAACGAAUCUUGGAGUAUUUGUAGUUCGUUUUUUUUCUAUCCAAUCAUGGACAGAAAUAACCGAAAAGGGGAAAAAAACAGAAAAAUGGUUUGGUUCGAGUGUAAAUCUGUGGGUCAAAUGAGGUGCAUUUGUGAAAUCUGUUUACACCCACCCGACAACCAACUGCUAUGCAAUAGUACUGUCCGAUUAUCCAUUUGUAUUUAAUGGUGAAUGUAGUCUGACACCAUGACCAAUAUUUAUCAAUUAAGUUUCAGUGGGGAGUAGGGGGGUUUGGAAAAAAACUAAAGGAAUUAAGUUUUUUAUCAGACAUCGAUCUUUUGACGUCGUCCCUAAUAGAGCAAAAACCAUAGAUGUUUUUGAGAAUGUUAUAUUCACAUAAUUCAAGAGUUUUAUGAAAAUAAAAAGUGUAGGAAUGGCUAA